AACUUACUAUGCGCACGGAGACGCAACAAGCGCGGAGAAAACACGAGUACGGCCCCAUUGCCAGCCUGCAAGUUUGCGCGGUGCCCCUCGCUGAAUCAACGCGAGCCACCCCCAAUUCAGUCACUUGCAUUUAUUUGAAUUGCUAGGUCGCGACGUCUAGGGGUUUAGCCGCGGAGCUUGCACUUGCUCCUCUACGCCACAAAUGGCUCUGCAGCAGACCCGCGCUUUCUCGGGCCGCAUGUCGCUGAAGUCGGCUGCGGCUCCCGUCCGUGUUAGCCGCGCUAGCCGCGCCCGGACUGUGCUGGUGGAGGCUCGCCAGUUCAGGAAGGCCAUGGGUGUGCUCGGCACCAAGGCGGGCAUGAUGUCCUACUUCACCGAGGACGGUCUGUGCGUGCCUGCUACCGUGAUUGCUCUGGAGGAGGGCAACGUGGUGACCCAGGUGAAGACCCAGGACACCGACGGCUACAAUGCCGUCCAAAUUGGGUACAAGGCCACCGCUGAGAAGCGCGUUACCAAGCCCGAGCUGGGCCACCUGAAGAAGGCGGGCGUGCCGCCGAUGCGCCACCUGGUGGAGUUCAAGCUCAAGGACCGUGCUGCUGUGGAGGCCUACCAGCCCGGCCAGGCUCUGGACGUGGCUGCUCUUCUGAAGGAGGGCGAGCCCGUGGACAUUGCUGGCAUCACCGUGGGCAAGGGCUUCCAGGGCACCAUCAAGCGGUGGCACCACAAGCGCGGUGCCAUGUCCCACGGUUCCAAGUCGCACCGUGAGCACGGCUCCAUCGGUUCCGCCACCACCCCCUCGCGCGUCUUCCCCGGCCUCAAGAUGGCGGGCCAGAUGGGCAACGUCCGUAUGACCGUCAAGAACCAGUCCCUGCUCAAGGUCGACACCGAGCGCCACGCUCUGGUGGUCAAGGGCUCGGUGCCCGGCAAGGUUGGCAACGUGGUGGAGAUCACCCCCGCCAAGCUGGUCGGCGUCAACUGGUAAACAACAACAGGCCCAGAAUGGCGGUGGUUGUAACGCUGGCGGUUGACGGUUGGUACUGGCCGCCUUUUGGGUGCGUCGGAGCGCUUUCGGCGGACGGAGUGGCAGGCAGCGUCGAUAGACGAGGUGCGGAUGUGAUUUGGAGUGUGAAGGUUGUGUGAUGUGGGGGGACAGGGGUGCUGCGUCCACGGGAGCUGCGGGAUGGGGCACUUGCUCAGGAGAAGCGGCGGAGCGGCUGAGGCGGCAUGCAGCAGCUUGCGCGCUGCGCGGCCGGCCUCAAGGACUCGAGCAUGUUUUGUGGGGUCGAGUAGUUCACAAGGCCCAAAGAUCAAUUAUAGUGAAGCGUGCCACGUGGGUGCGGGAGGCGGCACAGAGUUGUCGCAAGCUGCGGAAAGUAGAAACAAGCACAGAUAUAGUACACACACAUGUGAGGUGGCAGGCGGCGCGCCGGCUGCCAGCCCCCGGAAUUUUCCCGACUUGCCGGUGGAGCUGGGGCUGAGCGCGGGCCGCGUGAGUGCCGUGCUUGUGUGCAUUUAUCACACACAGUGACACGGCUGGCGAGGACUCGUGAAUGUGUGUGUGGCUUGUCGUGCGGCUAGAUGGCGGGGCACGGCACAUGGGGUGGCGUGUGAGUGCAACAGGCGGGGCUUGCCUGUCGCCACGCGCCGCGCGGCGGGGCGGCGGGCGUGGCAAUGUGGAGGUGUAAACAGGAAGAAAUUAAGCCUGGCAAGCGUCUCGGGAGUGUUCCUUUCAAGGCUUGCACGCCUUGCAUCUUCCAGGGCAGGCACGCAGGGUAGGAAGAGGCACAGGCCUGAACCGCAGUAACCUGAAGCAAGCAGAGGCUGGGAUGUGGCCCUUCACUGGCUCACCGCACUGCUUUCAUGAGCUCAAGGACAGGAUAGGCAGCGUGGCCUAGCAAUGUGGAGGUGUAACAGGAAGAAGUC